ACGAGGGAGUAAGCAGAUUACCAGGCUGCCUGAGCAGGAAGUAUGGAUUCCCUAGCACCUCUUCUAAGUUCACACUAUUGGGCAAUGAUGUGAGGAGAGGCAGGAAUGAAAGGAGUUACAUAAUUGGGAGUGGGGGGAGGCAGGUUCAGAUAAAAGCCCCAGCUUCAGAAUUGACUCGAUGAGGGGUGGAAGACACUCAGACUAAGGCCAUGGAGCUCAGCAUUCUCCUCCUCCUGGCUCUCUUCACAGGCCUCUUACUUCUCCUGGCCAGGAGCUAUCCAAAGGCCGAGGGCCACCUCCCACCAGGCCCAAGUCCUCUGCCUUUCUUGGGGAACCUUCUGCAGAUGGACAGAGGAGGCCUACUCAAAUCCUUCCUGAAGCUCCAAGAGAAGUACGGGGAUGUGUUCACGGUGUACCUGGGGCCCAGGCCUGUGGUCAUGCUGUGUGGAACAGAGGCCAUACGGGAGGCCCUAGUGGACCAAGCUGAGGUCUUCUCUGGCCGGGCGCAUGUCGCCUAUGUGGAGCAAGUCUUCCAGGGAUAUGGUGUCAUCUUUGCCAACGGGGAUCGCUGGAAGGCUCUCCGGCGAUUCUCCCUGGCCACCAUGAGGGACUUUGGGAUGGGAAAGCGGAGCGUGGAGGAGCGGAUCCAGGAGGAGGCUCAGUGUCUGAUGGAGGAGCUGCGGAAAUCCAAGGGAGCUCUCCUGGACCCCACCUUCUUCUUCCAUGCCAUCACCGCCAACAUCAUCUGUUCCAUUGUCUUUGGAGAACGCUUUGCCUACAAAGAUCCCCAGUUCCUUCGGUUGCUGGAUACAUUCUACCAGACCUUUGCACUUGUCAGCUCCUUCUCCAGCCAGGUGUUUGAGCUCUUCCAGGACUUCCUGAGGCACUUUCCAGGCCCACACCGGCAAGUCUACAAAAACCUGCAGGAAGUCAACGCCUUCAUCAGCUGCAGUGUGGCAAAGCACCGGGAAACCCUGGACCCCAGCGCCCCUCGGGACUUCAUUGAUACUUACCUGCUCCGCAUGGACAAAGAGAAGUCCAACCCGGACACCGAGUUCCACCAGAGGAACCUCAUUCUCACCACACUGUCUCUCUUCUUCGCUGGCACUGAGACCACCAGCACCACUCUCCGCUACGGAUUCCUGCUCAUGCUCAAAUACCCCCACAUCGCAGAAAAAGUCCGAAAGGAGAUUGAACAGGUGAUUGGCUUACAUCGCCCUCCAGCUCUCGAUGAUCGAGCCAAAAUGCCGUACACCGACGCAGUCAUUCAUGAGAUGCAGAGAUUUGGGGACCUCCUCCCCAUUGGCGUGCCCCACAUGGUCACCAAAGACACUUACUUCCGAGGGUACAUCAUCCCCAAGGGCACUAAAGUAUUCCCCAUCCUAAGCUCUGCCCUUCAUGACCCACGUUACUUUGAAAAACCAGAUGAAUUCAACCCUGAUCACUUUCUGGAUGACAAGGGGGCACUGAAGAAGAAUGACGCUUUUAUGCCCUUCUCCGUAGGGAAGCGCAUUUGUCUUGGUGAAGGCAUUGCCAAGGCCGAAUUGUUCCUCUUCUUCACCACUAUCCUCCAGAACUUCUCUGUGGCCAGCCCUGUGGCCCCCAAGGACGUCAGCCUCAUGCCGCUGGAGAGUGGUUUCGGCAAAAUGCCCCCCGUGUACCAGAUCCGCUUCCUGGCCCGCUGA